AAAAGUUAAGUGAAUGUUUCCGAACAGUCUAUUUUUUUUCCAAAUUUUCCACUCAUCAUAAAAAGUGCACAUUUUGCGAAGUGCACCAAUUAUUGAGAAGUGCACAAGUUGCGAAGUGUACCAUUUGAGAAGUGCAUCAGUUGCUAAGUUCACCAAUUGAGCAUGGUGUACAAGUUGAGAAGUGCACCAAAUGCGUCAAACCCCUCAAUGGCUCAAUAUCGCCUUUGUGAGAUUCCGGAUCGCGAACAUGGAAACGGAUAAAGUGAAUAACUUGAGUUUACCACUCAUAUUAAAAUACUGCUUUAAAGAUAUUAAGCAAGUGGAUGGAAGUGAUGUGAAUGUAUCUGCAGUAUGCAAUGUAUGUUCGAAAACGAUAAAGGGUAGUGUUACUUCUACUACAAAUUUCCUGAAGCAUUUAAAGAUUAAGGGCCACUCAGAUCUGUUGCAAAAUUAUGAAAACGUUAAAAAUACAACUCUUAAAAAAAGAAAACUUACUGAGAUUAGUAGCAGUUGUGCCAGUGGUUCAGAAUCAACAUUUAAAAAAUUGAAGCAGUCUACUCUUACAGAUGUUACAAGCGGUUCAAGAUCUGUUAAUUUGGACAAGUUGAUUGUACAAUUUAUUGUGGACACCAUGUCACCAGUAUCAAUUGGGGAGAACAAGUAUUUUAAAGCUUUGAUUGAAGGUUCACAGCAACUCACUAAGCCUCCAAAGGUUAUGUGCCGUAUUACAGCUAAGAAUAAAAUUAAUAAUGAGUACAAUGAAUUAAAGAAAAACCUUAAGCUGGAGUUGGAUAAUGUUGAAUUUGUGUGUAGUACGGCUGAUAUUUGGUCUUCGUCUAAAAGAAGUUACUUGGGGGUUACAGUCCAUUGGAUUGAAAGUGAGACUUUUGAAAGGAAAAGUGCUGCAAUUGCUUGCAGAAGAUUCAAAGGGGCUCACACAUAUGAUAAGGUGGCUGAAAUAAUAGCUGAUAUACAUUCAGACUAUAAUCUGAAACUAUCAAAAAUUGUUAAAACUGUUACAGAUAACGGCUCAAAUAUGGUGAAGGCUUUUGAGGUAUUUGGAAAGUCUGAUUCGGAGGCAGUUGAAAAUGAACACGUUUCACAUGCAUUUGGAGAUGUUGAAAAAUCGUCAAUUGAUGAAGGUAGUGAAGAUGAUGAUUCUCUUUUAGUAUUACAAGCUUUUCCAGAUGCUUCAUCAGACUAAGAAGGUGAUUGCCUUCUGCCCGGACAUGAAAGAUGUGCUACGCACACUGUACACCUGAUUGCUAGUACUGAUUUCAAACAAGCAAGAACCAAAAAUACAUUUUAUAAGAAACUACAUGACACAGCGUUAUCAAAGUGCCAAGCACUGUGGAACUUGUGUGCUAGAUCCCCAAAGGCAUGUGAGACAUAUUUAGAAAUAACAGGAAAGUCACCAACUUCUCCAUGCGCAACUCGAUGGAACUCCUACUAUAAUUCAAUACAAGAUCUAUUAGCCGUGCAGAACCAUCUUAGUGAAGCCAUGAAAAUGUUAAAGUUAUCACCGCUGAAAGAAAAUGAAAUUCACUUUUUAAGUGAAUAUGUGGACUGUUCAAAGCCAAUAGCAGAAGCUAUUCAAAGCCUGCAAGGGGAAAAAGACACUUACUACGGCUGUCUGUUACCGGAAUUAUACAGAAUCCAACAUGUUAUCAAAAGCCUCAGAAUAGAAAAUCUGAAAUACUGCAGCCCUCUGCUAGAUGUAAUAGAAGAAAAUGUAGAUAGACGGUUUAAACGGUUUAUGCAGCUGGAACCAGCAGCAAACGAUGCUAUAUUAGCCUCAGUCUCUCAUCCCAUGUUCAAACUGAAGUGGGUACCAAAAGCAAAAAAGGAA